AUGAGUUUUUUCUCAUCUCUGUCAACGACAUGGACUCUUUUCAUACUGCUCUUUACCCUUCUGAUUGCGUAUGGGAUAUGGCCCUAUCGCUUUUUUAAAAAUUUGGGAAUUCCUGGUCCAAGGCCUUUACCCUUCUUUGGCACAUUCCUGUCAAAUCUGAAAGGAUUUUUCAACUUUGAUAUGGAGUGUUACAAGAAAUAUGGGAAGGUCUGGGGGAUCUUUGAUGGACGUCUGCCAUCACUGAUGGUUGCAGACACUGAGAUGAUCAAAACCAUUAUGGUGAAAGAGUGUUACACUUUCUUCACUAAUCGAAGGGAGACAAACGAAGCUUUGGUAGGCCCUUUCGGAGAUGGAGUAUCUAUAGUCAAAGAUGAAAAAUGGAGAAGAAUCCGUGGUGCACUAACGCCACUCUUUACAAGUGGACGGCUGAAAGAGAUUUUUCCAUUAGCACAACAGUACGCCAAUCGUCUAGUAGAUCAUUUGAAGAAGAGAGACCUGAAGAAGCCUGUUCAAAUAAAGGAAGUGUUCCGCCCGUACAGUAUGGAUGUUGUUACCAGCUCUUCCUUCAGUGUUGAGACUGACUCCAUUAACAACCCAGAAGAUCCCCUGAUCUGCAAUGUCCAGAAAUUUUUAAACGUCAAUUUCUUCAGUCCAUUUGUGCUGAUUAUGACUUUAUUUCCAUUUACAACAAAGUACCUGACUAAAAUGGGCUUUGGCGUGUUCCCAAAGACGAGUUUGGAUUUUUUCUACUCCUCCUUUAGGAAGAUCAAAGACAUGCGUCAGAAUGAUCAGAAUAGCCAAGUAGACUUCCUGCAGCUCAUGAUUCAGGGUCAGAUAUCCGACAAUCAGGCUAAAGAAACCUCAGAUGACCAUCUGGCUAAAGGCUUGACUGAUCACGAGAUUCUGUCCCAGUCCUUUAUUUUCAUCCUCGCUGGUACUGACACAACCAGCACAGCACUGACCUUUCUAAUGUACAAUCUGGCAACCAAUCCAGAUGCUUUGAAGAAACUGGUGGAGGAGAUUGACACGGCGUUUCCAAAUGAUGCUCCUGUCACAUAUGAGAAAGUCAUGAAUCUAGAAUAUUUAGACAUGGCUAUUAAUGAGUCACUGCGUCUGUUCCCUACUGCACCCCGUACCGAGCGAGUAUGUAAGAAAACAGUGGAGGUAAAUGGAGUAACCAUUCCCAAGGAUACUUUGGUUGGAAUUCCAAUUUAUGUUCUACACCGUGACCCCCAACACUGGACAUCACCUGAGGAGUUCAGGCCUGAAAGGUUCAGCAAAGAGAACAAAGGGGACAUCAACCCCUAUGCAUUCUUGCCCUUUGGUCUAGGGCCACGAAAUUGCAUUGGAAUGAGAUUUGCCCUCAUGGUCAUGAAGGUUGUUGUGGUGAAACUGCUUCAAAAUUUCCACCUUGAGACGUGCAAAGAAACCCAGAUCCCUGUUGAACUGAAUGCCAUGUACCAACCCAAAGUCCCUGUUACACUUAAACUUGUUCCACGAUCCAGCGGAAAGAAGGAAGAGUAA